UUCGAAGGCCAACUGAAUUAUAGCCUCAAAGAAAGGCCAUGGAAAAGGAACCUUCUAAACUCACAAAUUUCAUAAAAAUAUGGCCCUGAAUGUAACUGCUGCUUCUCUCUACCCGAACCCUUCUCCAUUUCCUCCUUCUUCUUCAAUUCCUCCUCCUCCUCCAUUUCUAAACCCAAAACGCAAACCCCACUUCAGGUCCAAUAUUACUUUGAAAACGCCUGCUCAGUCAGACAGAAUUGAGAGUUGGGUUAAAGACGAAGACCCUCCUGCUUCUCUCUCCGGAUCUUCGUCAUCUGCUCGCACACAGCUGAAUCUUCUGGAGCAACUUACCUCUACUAGCUCAUCAGUUGAUGGUGGUUAUGAGAGUGAUGGUAGCUCCCGGAAACUUACAAUUCGUGACCAGCUAGCGCAGUUGGUUGGGGACAGAGACGGCGAUUUCAGCAUUCCACUUGGUAAAAAAUUUAAAAAGGUGAUUGCCAAAGAAUUAACCAUCUCGCAGAAGAGAAAUAUCAAAAGACAGGCUUACUUAAACGAAGUAUCUAAGAGGAAUGAUUCAGUUUUCUUUGCCACCAUUGGAGCAUUUGUACUUGUUCCACCUCUUGUAAUAUUAGGAAUUGCUAUAUUAACAGGUUAUGUACAGCUUUUCCCUUGACAUUUAUACUACUAAAAUAGAAUACAGAAAUUAAGUUA